UGACCAGCUUUUAAAGGACCUCAGAAUUUCGACUGAUUCGUUCUUAUUUUAGCAAUAUCGGACACUUUAUUCUAUUUUCUUAAUAUUUAAAAUCUACUGCUCGGCUCUGACCGGAUAUCGGCACCUCAGGAUUUCGAACUGAUUCCUGCUUCUCGUAGUAAUAUUGGACACUGGAAAUAAUGUAAUGGUUCUCACAUUUUUCAGAAGUAUCAUCAAGUUAACUUAGUCUUAGAGAGAGAGAGAGAGAGAGAGAGAGAGAGAGAGAGAGAGAGAGUCUUGAUGACCACCCCCUGCAGAGGCGAUACCACCCUGCCCACCACAAGCUGCCUCGAGUGUAACGGCAGGUUUUGGGGCAGCUGGUGUGUGUUUGUGUGAUUGUGGGCGCGCCGGGCGCGCGUGCCGCGUGCAAGCCAGCUGACGGUUUCUCACGGCUGUAUAUUACGCAUAUAUAAACUUCCAGGCGCGUCCUGCGCUCCGUACACUUGCUCCUCGGCCGCUGGUUGGCACGUGCCACUGCUCCUGCCGCAGUAGAGCUACGCUUGGUGUUGUUGCUACUGCUUCUGCUGGAGUAGAGAUUCAAAAGGUCCUCUGCCUCCUCCUCCUCCUCCUCCUCCGUCAGCGACUGGGUCCUCUUGUCCGAGGGGAAUGACUGUUGGAGCAGACAUGGUCGGCAAUCACGGGCAAGUGUGGGGAUCUUACGUCACGCCUUCUUCACCAGUUACCCCCUCUGCGACCGCUGGCAUUACGGGCGCCGCCCCGUCGUCGUAUCUUGUCGCGACGACGCCCGGGCCUCCUCCUCCUGCUGCUGCCCUCAGAGCCGUCGUGGCGGGCACCGACCUACCGAGGGGAACCUCGACACGAUGCCACAGAGUCCAAGACCUGCGUCUGGUGCUGACGCAGGAGAAGUUUCGCCAGCAGAGGUUUUCAGACGCUGACGCACUCGAUUUGAAGGUCGUCGGAGGAGAACUGGUCGCAGGCGACGACCUACAACUAUCAUCGUGGCUUCCCUCACUCCCACUGGCCACCGACGUCCACACGGAAACUGCGACCCUCACGUACGCCCCGGAAAGCUACUGCAGAGGCGGGGGCCAAGGGCGUGACCUCAAAGGCCCGCGAGCCCUGAGACUGACGCUGACGAGGGCGCUGAAGGCGGGGGAAGGACUGGCCCUCUGGUUCUCCUCAGAAGUGGCUGCGAAUCUGAGUCUACCCUUUCUCAACUUUUCCCACAUACGAGAUGGCGCCUACGUGUGUCCCAAGUGCAAUCUGCGGUACGCUGCGCCCAACCCCCUGAAACUACACCUGGCCACCCGUUGUGAUACCAUACCAUCCCAUAUACUGUGGGAUCGGCUGUCCACCGCCCCAUCACAGCCAGCAGCGCCUCCUUGGUACACGCCCCUUCUGCCGUCUUCCUCCUCCUCCGUCAACAGCUUCCCGGUCAGACUGAAGAGCCCCCAGAAAAGCCUCAGAUUAUCGCGCCCAGGUCAGUUUCAGACGCGACUCUCCGAGGUGCCGAGAGCCCAUCCUCACCUAGGCCUAACAAACACGUGUCACCUGAUUCGACCAGCAGCCCCGUCAGUUCGCCAGAGCCGAAUCUUUCGCUCUCCGCCGCCCACGAGCCAAAAUCAGCUUUCCGGAGGGUCAGGAAGCACGAGCCGCCCUCUGGCGAUAAGAUUCCAGGCUCUUCCGCAUCCGUCUAGCCUCCUGCUGUCCCCUGGUCCCUCUCACGGCUUCUCCAGGCCACCGGCGACCCGCCCUUUCGCGUCGGGGCUCCCUUCCGAGGCUCUGAUAAGCCCACACCUUUUCCUAGGAUCGUUGUUGCCUUGCCACGCCCACCAGCCAGGAAGUGCCCAGACGAUCAUGCCGGUUAUGCCCCUAACGGGAGGAGGAGGAGGAGGAGGAGGAGCCCGUCCCUUGCUCACCACUUCUGCAGCUCCACCUACAGUAGACCCUUGCGCUGAAAUGGAAACGUUGGUGUCUAACCUAGGCCGAAGUAGACGCGGCCACUUAUGCCUGUACUGCGGCAAGAUCUAUUCGAGGAAAUACGGACUCAAGAUUCACAUUCGAACUCACACAGGGUACAAACCCCUCAAAUGUAAGGUUUGCCUGAGGCCCUUCGGUGAUCCGAGCAACUUGAACAAGCACGUUCGCCUCCACGCCGAAGGGGAGACGCCGUACCGCUGCGACCACUGCGGGAAGGUGCUCGUACGAAGGCGAGACCUCGACCGCCAUUUGCGAUCGAGGCACCCUGAGUUGCCCGUUCUGAAUACCACUCAUUCUCUGACGGACACUGACGAAGAAGGCGAUCGAGAUGACGAGGAAGUACCUGAUGGCGAUGAUGAUGACGGUGGUAAUGAAGAGGAUGACGGUGAAAUAGUGGAAGUUGGUGACAGUGGCAGCGGCCACUUGGUGUCAACCACUCAUGACACCUGAAUGCUCCUCGACUGUAGCUAUACCUCCCAGAAGCCAACGAAUUUUCUAGGGUACAUCCUUCUUAUAUUUAACAUUAUGCAAUUGUUUUACCCCACGUGAAACUGUGCCAAAACACUGUGAUAUCCUGACCGUAAUUAUUCUAUUUUUAUUAUAUGGUGUCUUUGUACGUCUCAGAUCUGAUUAUUGUACUGAAUUUCUAAUACGAGAAAAUAAAAUGGGCGAAGCUUUGACUGAUCAACUACAUUCAAGAGAAUUUCAGCCAUUUAUUCACAUCUGCUUGGUGUAAUCGCCAGUCACAUUUCAACUCCUCUGUAGUGAACACCUAAGUAGUUUUUCUUUCUUAUCAUUCAGUAGAUGAAACGUAGUACUCAUAUGGAACAAAAGCGCCUCAGUGGCGUGGUUGAUAUGGUGUUUGCGUCCCACCUCGGUGGUCGCGGGUUCGAUUCUCGGCCAUUCCAUUGACGAGUGAGAGAUGUGUAUUUCUGGUGAUAGAAGUUCACUCUCGACGUGGUUCGGAAGUCACAUAAAGCCGUUGGUCCCGUUGUUGAAUAACCGCUGGUUCCAUGCAACGUAAAAACACCAUACAAACAAACAAACAUGUGAAAC